AUGGUGUGCCUGUCAUGUGACGUGUUCUUCCAUGAAGAGAUGAAGACCACAGUAAGUUCAGACGACGGUCGAGUGGAAACCGUGGCUGUGAGAAGAAGCGAGUCGGCUGAUGCUCCCGGAAUCGACGGUCUGAUCAGUCCUUCAGCUGUGGCUGUUUUUGGAAGGGUCAAUGCAGUCACGCUUCUAGAGAAGGCUAACCUGGCUGUGACUCUGGCCAAUGACCAGAACCAGGUCCUGGCCCACGCAGCGUUCUUUGAUUACCCUGCUGGAGACUUGGUGGAUCAAGCUGACUGGGAAGAGUUUCUGCAGAAACACUUCCGAGCUGAGAAAUGCACCAGUUUGAACACCCUCUUCCUCCAUCUGUUCGUGGCACUGCCGGGCUUUGCCAAAGCAAGUUUACAGGAGAUAAUGAGAGCUGUGUUUUGUGCCAUCCCAGAGCUUGAAUACGUCUGCCUGCUGAGUCCAGUCUCCACGGCAUCGGAACUUGCGCUGGAUGAGGUCUUUGAGCUGCUGCUGCCUCUGGGUGAUCUUGGACCACAGUGUUUAGCAGUGUGUCACAGGCACGAGCACUACCCACGGCUACACAUCCGGCCUGCCAGGGUUGAGGAUCACGAUGACAUCAUGCGGUUGUUUGCAGAGCAGACAAACUUACUGUCGGACGUCAACCAGCCGUAUUUCUUGGUGGAGAUCAUCGAGGCAGAGAAUGAAGACCAUCACGUGGCAGUUUGUGAGAUGGACGGCAUCACUGUGGGAUUUGUCCACAUCACCACAGAGGUUGUCUUGGAAAAUCUGCAGGAUGAUUUUGAGCUCUUCCAGUUUGAUGGUUUCUAUGCACCGGUGCAACCAAAGUGUCACGCUGCUGCAGGACAGAGAGGAAGCCAAACCUCCACCUCACAGCAGGAGGAGACGCAGCCCACAGUCACAGCAGGAGAACAGCAGCGUUCACACAAACCAAAUGUUUUCUGCAUCCAGAUCUUUGUCAUGGACAAAACUUAUGAAAUGAGAUCAGUGGACGUCCUUCCCUACAUAUUCAGAGUUUUCCCUGACCGGGACUAUUGUGCCAUGACAGUACACCUGCUGGCUCCGGAGUUAGUACUUCUGCAGAACUUCAUCAGGGUAGCGGCCCGGGCCACGAGCUCACCGCUCUGUGAUCUCUACCUCUUACACCGCAGUGGACUCAGCACUGUGGCGGUGAGGCUGGCGGUGGCUGCAGACCGACCUGCUGUCUGUCACCUGGUGAAGGGUUUGAGGCUCCACGAGUCUCUGCUGCAGGAUCUGGACCAGUUCUAUAAGACCAUUCCAGAUUCUCUCAUUCAGCACACGGCACCGCUGCACGCCUUCGUGGCCGUCACAGAGAGCCAGGUUGUCGGGAUCGUCAUCAUUAAGAACGAGCAGGAUGUGGAGUACAUCUGUGCUCACUACAACAUCGAGAACUUCAUCUAUUUCAGCCAGCAUGGUGAAGACGAGCACGCUCAGCUCUGUCACUUUGUCCUCCAGUCCUCCUUCCAGAUCCACACCAAACAGGUCUUUAAGGAGGUCCUGCGGCUUGCCCACAAGUCCUGCCUGUACUUCCGCAACUAUCCAUCUCACAACAUUCAGGAGAAUUCCUGCAUCCACCAUCUGGAUUUUGUCCUCAACAGCAUGGUCCCCGUCCGCCCUCGAUGCCAGAUCAUCUACCCGUUAGAGGAGCUUGGCACAAACGCUCCUUCCAAGACGAUCACAGAGGAGCAGCCACCGUUUGCUCUUAGCUUCAUCAGCAGAAAGUUAUCCAUGGAACCAAAGGUCACCGUUAAUGAAAGGAUUGUGGUGGUGGGGGCGUCAAGCACCGGUUUGUCUUUCCUUGAGGAGCUGACCUUCUGUCCUCAUCUGAAGUUCAACAACCUGACCCUCAUCUCCACGCACGGUUUCCCCGGUGACUACAACCACGACAACGCUGGGUUUCUGCACACAAGUCAUGCGUACAGCAGCAGAGAUUUGGCACAGCUUCCUGUGCGAUCCUGCAUCCGAGUAGUGACCGGGAAGAUGGUGGGAAUCAACAGGACAGACAGAUAUGUGCUGUUGUCUGAUGGUGGGAAGGUGUCCUACCACCAGCUCAUUCUCUGUACGGGAACACAGUACCAGGUGCCGUGUCCGACCGUUGUGGACGUAAAUCAGCAAAUCACAAACAGCCAGCUGUCAACUGGCUGCCACAGAUACACCGGACAUGUACCGUCCAACCUCUUCACCCUCAAUGAUGCGUACGACUGCAUGGCUGCACGCCACUGGCUGUGCACUAACUUUGUGGAGCUGGAGGAUAAUGCCGUUGUCUAUGGGAGUGGAAUCGAUGUGUACACCACUGUGGAGACUUUGCUUAGCCUUGGAGUCCAAGGAUCUCGUCUCCAUUUAGUCAUGCCAGCUACAGAACCUGGUGUGUCUUGUUUCAUGGACCCUGCUGUGGAGACAGCCGUGGCCAUGGAGUUGAUGAAGGCCCAAGUUCGAGUUCACCACAACUGUGUGUUGGCCCAGAUGAACAACGGAGAUCACCCUGAACCACUCACAUCUGUGUCCUUCAUGACAGAUGAGGAGCCCGUCCAUCUGCAGUGUGGGGUAUUCAUCAACCUCUCCAACAGAAGAGUUGACUAUGAUGCAUUCAAAAGCAUCAAUGAGGCAUUUCUGGUGUAUGAUGGAAGACUUGUUAUUGACACAAUGUUCAACACCAACGAUCCCGCCAUUUUUGGUGCUGGGCCUCUCACAAAAUUCAGCCGCCGUUACCGUGCUCCCGAAUGGUCGCACACCAACUUCAACUCCAAGGAAGUGGGACAGGACCUGGCAGCCACCUUGCUGUCUCUGUAUGACCCAACGUUGGACCACACUGUGGAGUCCACAUCCAAAAUGGAUUACCUCAUCCCGCAGUACAAACAGGCCAAAAUUCAAGCUGGGAAGUUGCCCGGAGGAUUUAAUUUCCUGUAUGUAACCAAACCAUCUGCUACAAAUCCAGCAGCUCCUCCUGUUCAGCACUUACAGGACAGAGUGAUUGUGACUGGACAAGCGGAGAUGGGGAACUACUUUUGUUUGCAUCUUAGCCACUAUCACGUGGUGGAGUCUCUCACCUGUCUGUCCCUGGAGCCCCGCCCCUUCUCCAAUUACCUGUGUCUGUAUGGGAAGCACCAGAAGCUGCUGGGACAGCUGCUGGACCAGUACCAGCAGGGCCUGGUUCCCAACCUGUACAGCUUCUUCAAUCAGAGAUGGUGUUUAGCCAUUUAUCAUGAUCGAUUUUCUGACUUUGAGAAAGAGAUUCAGCAGAUGACUUCAAGUGAAUCCACGGAUGACAUCAUCAAGCAGGACGUGAUGAUGGACACAAAGCUCCUCCCACAGGAUGGAGUGAAGGAUGCUGGGAUGCGGGCAGCUCUGAGGACCAGUGCUGUGAAUUAUUUGAUGUUUAACCGUAACCUGUUGCCCAUGUUCGCCUGCCCAGAUCAGCACUGAUCUCAUCAGCACGGUUAGUUGUCACAUACAGCCACAUUUAACCUUUGACGUCACUGUAUAGAUCAUUAUGUGACAGUUUCACUGUAGUUUGUGUGCUCUGGCUCAUUGUGAACUUAUGUUCACAUAAACUAACAUUUUGCUGUUUUGUAAAGGCCAAAGGUCAGAUAUUGUGCCCUGGCCUCGUGCUACCGCAUGCUUUUGGUUCUGUGUCAGAAUCUGAAUAUCUGUGACUGGUUUUGAGAUUUUAUUAAAACAAGCACAAAUAAAUAAUAUUUAUCCAU